CUUCAAUCAAGUACAACGCAACAGCAGCUGAUGCCAAAAGGGAUAACAAUCUGGCAUUCGAGUGUUAUGUUACUGUUAGUGGAGAUCCUUAUGGGUACUCUUUUACCUCUGAAAACAAUCCGAGAUUUUAUACUGACGUCAAUAACCAAAGUAGCGAAAGACAAGCAAUACUAUGAGUACAACAGAUGGAAAUGACAUAAGUAUAGCAGCAGGAGCUAUCGCCGCGAUUGUCAUUGGCUCACUAAUUGUUGGUGUUCUAAUCGGUGCGGUCUGUAUAUGGCUUGUUUUAAAAAGAAAACGGACAGUAACAGGACUGAAGAAUCAAGAUCAAGAUCAGCCAACAUCAGUGUCACGAGAAACAGAAUUAAAUGAUCCGUCAAUUUCACCGAAUACCUAUGAACAACUUCAAAAUAGAACAGAGACUGAAAGCAGGAUGACUUAUGAUCUCCUAGACGCGUCAGCAAAUUCCAGCGCAGUACCAAACAGCCAAUCACAGUAUGAGAGUCUUGAACAGAAAGCAGGGGCAUCUCACACGUAUGCAGAUCUCAAGCUUGGCCGUUAAAACAUAUUGUCAGACUUGAAAUAUCUAUCUCGCUGCUUGGGUUCCUUUUCAGUUAUAAAUGGUUUUGUACACAAUCUAUAACUAUCUAUGAUUUUAAGGGUUAUUCAUAAAUACAAUAAAUAUUAUGUAGGGAUUAUGCCAGGACCAGACGAUGUCUUCGUGCAAUGGAAGUUAUUCCAGCAAUCCGAGUUCGAUCGAACAAACUAGUUGUAUAGAUGUGGAAAAGAAAAUCAAAUGUAUUUUCAUCUUUUUCCUUUUCAAUAAGAUAACUCGGCUUAAAGAGUUCUUCGUAAUUAUUUUUCCACUUUAAAGGGCCAUAUGCAUGUAUGCACUAGUUAUAAAUGUUUUUUGACACAAUCUUAACCUGUCUAAGAUUUUGAGGUUUAUUUGUACAAACAAC